CAUCUCUGUCUAAUCUGAUACAAGAUAAAAAGCAUCCAACUCACAGUUCUGCAAACUACCACCACCAAAGACACAUUUACGGCGAUGCUUGUUCAAAUACAGCAAGCAGCCAAGGCAUCCGCUGUCAAGGGCUUGAUGAAGCGCGAAAUGUUAAAGGGCACUGCACGUUUGCGUCCUUUUGUGCUUUCUCGUCGUCAACAAAGUAAUUUGGCUACUGGCCAAUCUCAGCCUUUUGCACCUACCCCAAAGUACGUUCAGCAAGAUCGGGAUGCUAUAGUUCGUAUUUUGUCUUCUAUUGGUAGCCGCCGAGAGGUUGAGCAAUACUUGAGAUACUUUACCUCGUUCGAAGCCCAACGCUUUGCUAUUAUCAAAGUCGGUGGUGCCAUUAUUACCGACGAAUUGGACACCCUCGCACAGAGUCUUGCUUUUUUGAACCACGUUGGUCUCUAUCCCAUCGUUGUUCACGGUGCUGGCCCUCAGUUAAAUAAGAUUCUGGCUAGCCGUGGCGUUGAAGCCGAAUACAGUGACGGAAUUCGUAUCACAGAUGAGGAAACAUUGGCCGUCGCUCGCAAAGUCUUUUUGGAAGAAAACGCUAAACUUGUGGAAGCUUUAGAGCGUUUGGGUACUCGUGCCCGCCCCAUUGUAGGAGGUGUUUUCCAAGCUGAAUACUUGGACAAGGAAAAAUAUAAGUAUGUUGGUAAAAUCGUCAAUGUCAACAAGGCCCCUAUCGAGCAUAGUAUUCGGGCCGGUACUUUACCUAUCUUGACCUCUAUGGCUGAAACUGCUUCUGGACAAUGUUUGAAUGUGAACGCUGAUAUUACAGCUGGUGAGUUAGCUCGCGCCUUGAAACCCCUAAAAGUUGUUUAUUUAAAUGAAAAAGGUGGUUUAAUUCAUGGUGUUACAAAAAAGAAGAUUAGCAGCAUUUAUCUGGACCGUGAGUAUAACGACCUCAUGAAGGAACCCUGGGUCAAGUAUGGUACCAAACUGAAAAUUCGUGAAAUCAAGGAAUUACUGGAUACCCUUCCCCGUACUUCUUCCGUAGCCAUCAUUAGCACCAAGGAUCUUCAAAAAGAAUUGUUUACGGAAUCUGGUGCUGGUACUAUGAUUAGCCGUGGUUUCAAGAUUAAUCAAACUGAUUCUUUGGAUUCCCUUCCUGCCAAGGCACUUGAAGAUUUAAUUUUACAUCAUAAUGCCCUUCCCUCUCGCUACGCUAGUAUCCAAGAAUUCAAGGAUUCUCUUGCCGAUGCUAAACUACGCGUCUACAGUGAUUCUUACAACGAAUCCAUUGCUGUCGUUGAUGUCUCCAACCCAGAACUACCCGUCUUAGUUGCUUUUGGCGCUUACGACCGUAACUGGCUCAACAAUGUUGUUGAUAGUCUUCUUUCUAGUUUGCGUACAGAUUUUAGUUCUUUGCUUUGGCGGCUUCAUCCAUCUACCAAGAAUUUGGAAUGGUUUUUUGAAAAGAGUGAAGGUACCCUUUUUGCCAAUAACCUUUAUUAUUUUUGGUAUGGAACAAGAGAUCUAAAUACCAUCUCUAACUUUAUCAAAUCCGAUCAGCCUUUUGCUUCUGCCUGCUUGUCAUCCAACCCUGCCGUGACUGACCCCAAGGUAACCACCAACCUUGCCACACCUCCCAAUUCCCCUAACACGGCUCAAAAACGUUCUUUCUCGACUUUUUCUCGUUGGAAUUCUAAUAAAAUGAUUCGUCCUUUCGUUUCUAAUGUUGGUAAACGCUUUUACUCUGCAGAGGCCCAGAAAAUCCAAAAGCCCUUGAAGGCCGUCUCUAAUCAGCCAUCUAAAGUUGUUCUUUUAGGUGCUCGUGGUCAUACCGGAAAGAAUUUGAUUAGUUUGAUCAAUACCCACCCUCAUUUAGAACUUUCUCAUGUUUCUUCUCGUGAACUCAAGGGUACCAAGUUACCUGGUUAUAACAAGAAGGAAAUCAACUAUGUAAAUCUCUCUGUUGAUGAUGUUAAGAAAUUGGAAGAAGAAGGUGCCGUUGAUGCUUGGGUUAUGGCCUUGCCUAAUGGCGUCUGCAAGCCCUAUGUUGAUGCCCUAAGCUCCGCUAAUGGCAAGAGCGUGAUUGUUGAUCUUAGCGCUGACUAUCGUUUCGAGAAUAGCUGGAAUUACGGUCUUCCCGAGUUAAACGAUCGUGUUGCUUUACGUAAUUCCAAGCGUAUCUCCAACCCUGGAUGUUAUGCUACCGGUUCUCAAGUUGGUUUAUCCCCAAUCUUGUCUCUUAUCGAAGGACAACCUUCUAUUUUUGGUAUUUCUGGCUAUUCCGGUGCUGGCACCAAGCCUUCCCCCAAAAAUGACCUUAAUGUUUUGACUAAUAACUUAAUUCCUUAUUCCUUGACUGAUCACAUUCACGAACGUGAAAUUUCUCAUCAAUUAAAGCACCCUGUUGCUUUCAUCCCUCACGUUGCUCAAUGGUUCCAAGGUAUUACUCUUACUAUCAAUGUUCCUCUUAAGAAGUCUAUUACUUCUCGUGAAUUGCGUAACCUUUACCAAGAACGCUAUGCUGAUGAACCAUUGAUUAAUGUUCAAGGUGAUGUUCCUCUCGUAAAGGAUAUCUCUCAAAAGCAUUAUGUUUCUGUCGGUGGUUUCGGUGUCCAUUCUGGAGGGAAGAGAGCUGUUAUUAUAGUCACAAUUGACAAUUUGCUUAAGGGUGCCGCUACUCAAGCCCUUCAAAAUCUUAACUUGGCUUGUGGUUACGAUGAGUAUGCGGGUAUUCAGUUGAACUAAAUAGCUUAGCUAUAAGCCAUCAUAUUUGAUUCCCUGCCCUUAGUAGAUUCAAGAUUGAGUUGUAAGAUUUAGGAUUUUAAAACAGCAAACCCAUCUAUGCUGAAAUCUAAUAAUCUGGUUCUAACAGUUCUUUUUCGUCUAUAUUAUAAUUUCUUUAUUUGAUUUCAAUUAUUUUAGACCUUUGUUUUCUUUUAUUUUUUUGAGUGUUGUUCUUUUGAAAGAGAAUUUUAAUAAAACGUCUCAGAUUUGCCCC